AUGGAUCUGACGAAACCAAUCGAACAAAUCUUGGAAGAAGAGAGAAAUGAAGAUGGAACACCUCUGUCCGACAAUCAAAAGAAGAAACGUGCUGCAAAAUUAGAAAAAGAACGUAAAAAAGCCGAAACUGCAGCACGUUUAGCAGCUGAGAAGGAAAAAAAGGAGGCAUCUGAAGUUGAUUUUGCUCAACAAAAUUAUGGUGAUCUUCCUUUGAAUCAAUCGCAAGAAAGAACGGGACGUACGUUCAACAGCUUGACCGAUAUCAACGCCGGAAAUGAUGGCAAGACUGUCACCUUCUCGGCACGCAUUCAAACUUCAAGAUCACCUUCUGCAAAGAUGGUCUUCUUGACUUUGCGUAGUAGAUUCGACUGUGUUCAAGCAAUUUUGACACAAACGCCAGAAAAGGUCUCUAAACAAAUGGUCAAGUGGGCAGCAGGAUUAGAGUCGGAAACGAUUGUGCUUGUGGAAGGUGUGGUCUCAAAAGUAGCUAAGCCUAUCGAAUCAGCUACAGUUACAGCCAAGGAUGCAGAGGUAAAGAUCUCCAAACUGCACGCCAUUUCUCGUUUAGCUUUGAAGGAGCAAUUGCCAUUCUACGUUGACGAUGCUACAAGAUCAGAGAAUGAGAUCCAAGCCAGUCAAAGCACAGACAGACCAAUGCCAAGCAUCGGUAUCGACACCCGAUUGGACAAUCGUGUUUUGGAUCUCAGAACGACAACCAAUCAAGCCAUCUUCCGUAUUCAACAUGGUGUCUGCAAGCUGUUCAGAGAAUUCUUGGACGACAGAGGAUUUGUCGAGAUUCACACUCCCAAAUUGCAAGGAGCAGCAACGGAAAGUGGAGCAAGCGUCUUCAAAGUGUCUUACUUCAAAGGAAACGCUUUCUUGGCACAAAGCCCUCAACUGGCCAAGCAAAUGGCCAUCGCUGCUGAUUUCGGACGUGUGUAUGAGAUUGGACCAGUCUUCCGUGCUGAGGACAGUAACACACCAAGACACAUGACCGAAUUCACAGGAUUGGAUUUGGAGAUGGCAUUUGAUGAACACUACCACGAAGUUUUGGACACCUUGGCAGGUUUGUUCACCUUCAUCUUCCAACAAUUGCCAAAGAGAUACGCCAAAGAGAUCGAAACUGUCCGCAAGCAAUUCCCAGUUGAUGACUUCUUGGUGCCUGAUGUGAUGCCAAGAUUGGAGUUCCCUGAAGCUGUCAAGAUUUUACGUGAGGCAGGCCAGGAGAUUGGUGAUUAUGAUGACUUAAGUACAGAGCAAGAAAGAAUUUUGGGUAAAGCCGUUCGUGAUAAGUACAAGAGUGACUUUUUCAUGUUGGACAAAUUCCCAUUGGCAAUUCGUCCUUUCUACACGAUGCCUGAUCCUGCCAAUCCAAAUUACAGUUUAUCGUACGACUUCUUCUUCCGUGGUCAAGAAAUUCUCUCUGGCGCUCAACGUGUUCAUGAUGCAAACAUGUUGGAAGGCAGAAUGAAGGAAGCAGGUAUUCAACCUGAAGAUAUGAAAGCUUACCUCAACGCAUUCCGAUUCGGAUGUCCACCACAUGCUGGAGCGGGUAUUGGUAUGGAACGUGUGGUGAUGUUCUAUUUGGGAUUGGGUAACAUUCGUAGAGCAAGCAUGUUCCCUCGUGAUCCUAAACGUUUGGAUCCGUAA